UAUAUUUAAAAAAAUUAUAAUAAAAAACUGUUUUGUUGACGCCACAGCAGCUGCUCCGUCAUAUUUACGCGUCGGUGUUGUUGUGGCGCUAGGCGCACACACAGAGUCUGCUGUUGCCGUCAUGGUGGUGUUUCCAAGUUCACUGACGGAGGAAGAGGAAGCUCUGCAGAAGAAAUAUGCUAAACUCAAGAAGAAGAAAAAGGCGCUGCUCGCCUUGAAGAAGCAAAGUUCAACCAACCAAACAAACCAGAGUGGCUUAAAACGGACUUUGUCGGACCAGCCUGUUGUUGACACCGCAACGGCGACGGAGCAAGCAAAGAUGCUCAUCAAGUCGGGUGCCAUCAGUGCCAUCAAAUCAGAAAACAAGAACUCUGGCUUCAAACGCUCUCGAAUGCUGGAAAAAAAGGAUCCAGAGAAAGGCUCUGUCCCUGCUUUCCUACCGUUUCAAAGGAGCGUCUCUACAGAUGAAGAACAACCUGAGUCUGGGAAAAGAGCCCACAGGAAAUCUUUGUACGAAAGCUUUGUCAGCUCAAGCGACCGAUACCGGGACGAGGACGAUGGAGGCGGCAUGUCAUCCAACCGUGAGAUGGACAGAGACAGAGACAGAGAUCGAGAGCGAGAGCGUGACCGAGACCGAGAGCUGGAUAGAGAGCGAGACAGAGAUAGAGAGAGAGAGAGAGACCGCGACAGGGAGCGAGAGCGAGACAGAGAGCGGGAUAGAGGCCGGGACAGAGAGAGGGAGCGGGACAGAGAGAGAGACAGAGACCGAAGCAGAGAGAGGGAUCGAGAACGGGACAGGGAACGGGACAGAGACAGAGAUGGACCGUUCAGACGGUCAGAUUCAUACCCAGAGCGCAGAGGGGUGCGAAAGGGGAAUACGGUGUAUGUUUACGGCUCCGGGCUCACAGAGGAAAGCCUGCGAUCCGCAUUUUCUCAACACGGAAACAUCAUCGAUCUUUCCAUGGACAACCCACGCAAUUGUGCAUUCAUCACGUUUGAGAAGAUGGAGUCUGCAGACCAGGCUGUAACUGAGUUGAAUGGAAGCACGGUUGGAGACGUUCAUAUCAAAGUCAGCAUCGCCAGGAAGCAGCCCAUGCUGGAUGCUGCCACCGGCAAAUCUGUGUGGGCUUCACUGGCUGUGCAGAACAGCACUAAAGGCUCCUACAGAGACAAGAGGAACCAAGUUGUGUACAGUGAAGAUUUCUUGUGAUUUUUUUAUUUUUUUGGCUUACACCUUUUCAUGUUUUUGUUGACCCGUUAGCCAGCCGCAGGUGACAUACUAAAUGAACAUUUUGUUUUGGAUCACUGUAGUUCACACGAUCUGUAUGUGAUGCUGCAUGUGGACGCUUUUCUCAUGAAAGAGAUCCUGUUUCUGCUUCAGAGAUCAAUAAAUAGUAUGCAUACAGUACAUUUCACCCUGA